AUGUUUAGGGAAGUAUGGUUUAAAGAAGCACGCAAGUUUGGACCAGUUGUGGGUCAGGUGCCAGCUCCAACACCGUUAAAUUCCACAGUUGCUGAAGAGCACGACGUGAAGUUUGGGAGAGUUGGAGUGAAACCAAUGAUUGAAACAGAAAAUCUAGUGACUGAUGAUGAAGAAACUAAGAAUGAAGUGGAACAGAUGAAGUCCGAGCAAGCUGAGUCUUUGGUUAGGGACUUACCGUUAAUGAGUACUGAAAAUCUUGCUACUUUGAUCGACAAAAGACAACGAGUUGAACCUGAACCGAGUGUUACUGAACAAGUGAGCCCUAAUGCUGAAAACGAGCCUAUUAUGCAAGCCAAGCCUAGAAUUACUACUGAAAUAGCUCAAGAUGAAGAUAUACCAGAUUUCUUUGAUUUUGAAGUUCGAGAGCCAACUGCUAGAUCAGAACUGGAAAGUUCAUGUGGCGUUCGGUUUGAUGUUGGUAGUUCGAGUAGUGGUAUGUCUGAAUAUGAUAAUGAUCUGAUUCGAAUGGAUGAGAAGAUGAAGUUUAUUGAAACCCUUGAUGGUGAUGAAGAUGAAGAUGUUGGGAAGAUGCAAAAAAGGGUUGUUGUGUUGGAACAAGAUUCUGCUUUGAAAGACGCUCAAAUCUCAUCUUUGCAAGCUCGAGUGUUUACUAAAGAUCAAAUAAUUAAUCAACUGCAAGGUGAUGUGAAUCUACAGAUGUCCGUUGUUUUUUAUUUGAAAUCCAAAUUAGAAAAGAAGUCCGGACAAGAGUUUGCAGGUGAGCAUGAUGAUCCUAUGAAUGUUGCUCAACAUGAACGUACUGCUGAAGAAAAGGCUGCCGCUGACGCUAAAAGAGAAGCAGAUUUGAAUGAAUAUUUAGCUGCUGCACAGAAGAAGAAGAAGAAGAAGAAGAAGAAGAAGAAGUAG